AAAAAAAAAAACAGAGGAAAAAGGACUUUGUUGUGCACCUUGAAAACACCUUGAGUUUAAUGCUGAAAUAGUCUAUUUUAUAGUUAGAGUGAUAAGUCUCAAGCAUUGCCUCAAUUUCACAUAAGUCGCAUACAUCAACUCACUUUCAGCUCUCAGAAGUGAGAAAGCGAGCACCUUUCAUCGCAGCCUAUGUGGCGACCUUGGAAAGAAAGAAAGAAAAAAAAAAUCCCUGGUUGCAUUAUGGGUUGCCAGUCCAGAAAAAAAGAGGACCCUUGCAUGAGCUCAUUCUAGUUGUUACAAAGUAAAGGACAAAGCCAUGAAAAAGCCCAACUUUUGGACAAAGCGUCUACGGAUGUGUGUGUAUGCAUGUGUGUGCAGAGAGACGGCAACCUUGCCAAGCCCUACUCCAUACCAAGCCACCAAAGGACUGCUACGGCUAAGCCACAUAAUGCUCUCAUUUGGCAAUGGCCGAUCCUCAGAAGGGUUAGCGGCGACAUGGACACACGCAAACACACCCAUGCUUGUGUGCACACUUGAUGUCAGACACACACACAGUGCACCAGCAGAAAGCACACACUAAUACACUGGCUAGUGGACAAACUGGAAGAGUUUCAAGGGUGAUAGAAAGUGUCACUGUGGGUUUUCUACUUCAUUUUCCAUCUGUGUACAUGUGUUCAUCUAAUGUAUGUGUGUGUGUGUGUGUGUGUGUGUGUGUGAGACAGACAGAGGCAUGCUCUUUAAUCCAUCCCCAAACCAAACAGGACUAAUGUUUAGUUUCUGGUUUUGGCUACACAUGCUGCGGUUGUUAAUAACACACACAGUGGAUCACUGGGCCAGUGUGCCAGAGUGCAGCUGUGGGAGUUUUAAUGCCACACUUCAUCUCCAAAGCCACCCGGAGACUGAUAGAAACCAGAGGAGAGAGCCUGACAGUGACAGAGGCACUGAGACAGGCUGAAGAGAAGAAACUGAAGUGUGACAGUGAGUCACUGAGUUCCUCCCCCACUACUUCCAUCUCUUCUGUUUCUCUACAGGCCGCAUGCACUGGAAACCUCCAAUCAAGUCACUCAAAACGAGCACUGCCCCAUCCACGUCACCGUCGCUUUCUGGCCCAAUCCGGCGCUCCAUCUCGUGCCCUUGUUCCAUCGCCUCCCUGUCAUCACCAAAUGAGGUGCGGGCAUUGUCCACCAGGCCUUUCCCUACGGUUCCCGUGGCCACACCCCUUGUCAGGCCGAGCUCCACCACGCUUCGCUCUCAUUCGCUGAGCCACAGCGGCUCCACUCACCGGGUGCCUCACAGCAACAGCCUGGGGACCAUCCACUCCAAUAUAGGCGAUCCGUUGAUAAAUCUGAGGAGUAAAGAGCAGGAGGCAGAGCUGGUGCAUCAGACCCUGGCAGUGCUCACCGCCAUGAGGAUUAGGUUUCCGUGCAAAACUGAAGAGGAGGCCGAGGGUGUGCUGGAUGAGAAAAUAGAGAGACGGAAAAAAGGGGAGACAAUAAAGUGGAAGACAACACGGAGUAGUGUUGAGCGGGAGUCCAGACUCGCGGUAUUCCCAGAGCCCCUCUGUGACCAGGUGCUGGACAUUGUACGUACCAAUGUGCGCUCAGUGCUGCAGCGGAUCUGGAAGGAGCCAGACGUAGAGAGCCUUCACCUCUACCGGCUUUUUAAUCGCGUCUUCAACAGGCUGCUCUCGAACCACGGCCAGGGCAUGUGGAACUGCUUCUCCACCACCGGUUCACGUUGGGAGACCAUCUUCAGCAAGAGCAGUGAGGUGGUGUCACCCCAGGAGCUGCAGUGCUGUCGCAGGCUGGUCCAGCUGUGCCAAGACUGCCUGUUGGUCGUCUACAAGUUUGUCUCAGAGUCUCGCGGGUCUUUGACCGGACUCAGCCCGGAGUGGGAUGACACCAAAGCUCCUGACCCAUGCCAAGCUGGCUCUCUAGGAAGACAAGGAAAAAUUCCCAGGUGCCAGAUGAUGGGAAGAAACCUCGGGAAAGUGUGCACAAAUUUCACUUGACAGCACAAUAAAACACAACAAAAAUCUAAAUGUUUUUUGAUUUGGAUUUUUAUUUUUUUCCUUUUCAUUUUUGUCAGGUUAGACAUUUUGAUUAAUUUCAAUGAAGCAUACUUUUCGAUAAUCUAGUUCACUGGUUCAAUUACUUUGUUUCUUUGUUUGAAUAAAGCAUCUUCAAAUGAAACUGCUAAGCCCUUGUACUUCUUUUUUAAAUGAUUCGAGCGUUGUUUGUUAGUUUUUUUGUGUUUUUAUCAUAGAGAUUGCUGCAUCUACUUUUCAGAGAAACAACUUCAUCUUCGACCAUAGCCUUUGUUUUCUUUUCAAAGGCCAGAGCCCUAAUAUUUCUCUGACAUUUUUGCUUCAUCUCCAUUUGCUGGGCCGUUUUUUCGUUGAUGAUCUUCCCCAUUUGAUCUUUCUCGUCUGUUAACUCUUUCACAGUUUUAUCCUUCACUUCAUUUUGUUCCUGUAGAUUUGUAUUUUGUGUCAAAAGGCCCUGGAUCCAAAAACUGCUAAGAUUUAUGUUCCUCAUGAAAUUUUAUUUUCAUCAUAAAAUUGCUGCUUCUGAUUUUUCUCCUUUGUGGCGUUUCACCAGUAUACAUAUGUGUGUGUGUGUGUGUGUGUGUGUGUGGGCAACAAUUUGGGUAGUUAGUUUUAAAUUCAAGAUUCUCUGAGUGCCAUGCUUCUCUCUUAUAAUGUCUCUACAUUUACACCAGUAACAUUACAGGAUGCUUUUACAUGUGUUUUGU